AUGAAUAGGUCAGGUAAAGAAAUUAGAACCUCUAAAUUUAGAUACAACUAUCAGUCCAAAGUUAAAAGAUUUGCUACAACCUGGAAUAUCUGUGAUGAUAAUUCAAAACUGUAGAUCAACUCAAAUCGUAACUAGCAAGAGUAACAACAAUAGCAAACGACUCAAGAUACUUCUAAUUUCAGUAGUGCUAUGCCAGACCAGAACAUGACUCAUUUCUUAAAAGACUUAGAUGAGAUAGAUAUCGUCUUGAAUCAAAACCUUUUCAAUCGAAAGUCAAAUAUGAAAGGAAGUGAGCAUAAAAUUAAGGAAGAGAUGUUAUUAAGUAGUAUGGCAACUUACAAACUUCCUAUCAAAUUUGAAUCUAAGUUGAUAAGUCUCUAUAGAAAUCAAAAUCCAACUCAUGACAGCAAUAAUGAGAAGGCUGAUUCAAUAAUAUCAAAUCUAAAUAGAGAAGGACUUGAUAAAAAUCCAUUCUAUAAUCAUAAACGACUAGAUACAUCUCAUGGGAAACUUUUAGACAAAGAGAGUCUUUUUAAACUAGGAUAAAUAACUGUAUCAGAAUAUCAAAAAAGUAGGACUAAUAAAAGCAAACUGAAAAGUUACAAAGUUAAAAACCCUAAAGAUAACAGUGCUUCACGAAACUUAAAUUUUCUUGAGUCUGAUCAUGUUGCAGCUAGUUAAGAUCUAAAUAAGCAAAGUCAAUCAAUUAAUCUUUCGUCUAUAACUAUAGAACCAGAGUAGCAAUAAAAAGAUCAGCAGAUGUAUUACAUGAAGAAACUUAGACCUUGGUAGAUUUAUUUUAAUGAGAAGGUAAAAUAGAUUAGAAGAGCUAAGAGUAAAUACGAUUAAGAAGACUUGGAUGAAGUUGCUUUGCGGAAUGCUUAUAUAAAAAAUCUUAUGGAAUUUUAAUAGAAAUAAAAUGCUCUGCAAGAUCUUGCAUUUCUGAAUAACCCUGCAGAUAAAUGCAUGCUUAAGAUUUUAUUCAAGAAAGAUGAUACUGUGAUGAAGUUUUAUGAGAAGAAAUAUAGGUUUUAGAUGAAAGACGUUAGACCUUUUGCAUAGCACACAGAUAUGAAGGAGUUUAGCGCACUUCAUAAUGACGAUGUAUUCAAUGAUUAAAUGAAGGUAUUCCUUGAAUAAGAUAGGAGAUAGAAGAAGCUGUAGAGAUAGCGAUACAGAGAAAUUUAAAGAUCAAUGAAUAAGACUAGUUUUAUGUAACCUCUAAAGACUAAUUGCUGUUUUGAUUCCAAAAGAUAGAGCUUUUUCUCUAAACAAUAAUCACCAUUCAGAUAGAAAAGCAUGGACAAAUCAAGAGGAUUGAAUUUUUAAGAUACAAUUAGAUCUAACUCAGUAGCCUAGAAUUCUCCUUUGAUUAAAGAGUAUGCAACUAAGGAGGAAUAAGAUCAUAAUUAAACUAUAGAAUUACAAGAAGGGUAAAAUGUGGAAGAUGCGGACUAGGACUACAUGAAAGCCUUCAGAGAAUCUUAAAUCUUUGGUUUUCAUGAUGAUUCAGCUGAUUUACCAAAGAAAACAGACAAAUAACUAUAGCAAGAACUUAAAGAGCAGCUCAAACAGUAUAAAUAGCUAUAAAUAAUAACAAAGGAAUAUUAUGAUGAACUAAAAAAUAUGAUGAAUAGCAGGAACUUAAAGAAUCAAAUUCUUCCCCUAACAGUAAAGCACAAGCCUCCUAAACUUGAAACCUUAGAAUUUUAGGGGUAUUAAAUUAAAAUGACAGAUAGACUUAAUAAAAGCAUGAGAACUAAAAAGAAUAAAGAAAUGAAUCAGACUUCUAAAUACUGGCAUCUAAACUAUAUGAAAUAAAUAUCUACUGAAUAACAGCUUUUGGAAUAGAGAAUUAAUAAAUACAAGAAGUUAUCUUGA